CCCCCACCUCACAGCGGCAUAUAAAUUAUCUAGAGCUCCAUCUAAAUUUGAGGUCUUUCUUCACAGAAACCAGAAGACAUGGAGGUGUUCUUCCAAACUUUUACUCUGUGCCUGGUUCUUUCCCUGAGCUCCACUGCUCCCUCCUUUGAGGAUCGAAUGAUGGCGGAUCACCAUGCAGACCACGCUAAAGAAGAUCACUAUGAGGCCAAGAUUAACCGGUGUGAUGGAGUUGAGUUUGAUGCCAUUGUGACAGAUGAGCAUGGAGUCAUCUAUUUCUUCAAGGGUGAAUACAUGUGGUCAGGGUUUCGACAACCUGCAAUUCAAAUUAAUAAGGAGUUCUCGAAAAAUAUAGAUGCUGCAUUCCACAUGCAUUAUCCAGCUGAAUCCUCUUACCAUAACCACAUGUUCUUCUUCCACAAUGAUAAAGUGUUUAGCAUCUUUAAGGACAGUAGGGUGGAGGGCUAUCCCAAAGACAUCUCUGAGGUUUUCCCCGGCAUUCCAGACAACCUGGACGCCGCUGUGGAGUGCCCCAAAGGAGAGUGUGUGGCUGACUCAGUUCUGUUCUUCAAGGAAAAUGAGGUGUUUGCCUUCGACAUAAGGACUAAGACAGUGCAAAAGAGGCCUUGGACUCAUCUGCCCAACUGCACUUCAGCUCUCCGCUGGUUGGAACACUAUUAUUGUUUCCAUGGGCACAACUUUACCCGUUUCCACCCAGUUACUGGUGCUGUGGUGGGCAACUACCCGAAAGAUUCUCGUGACUACUUCAUGCGCUGCACAAACUUUGGUCAUGGUGGAAAUGACACAGAGAGGGAGCGCUGCAGUCUCGAGCACUUGGACGCCAUCACCUCUGAUGACUUAGGAAAAGCCUAUGCUUUCAGAGGUGACUUUUAUUUGCGUCUAAGUGACAGUCAGGCCGAUGGAUGGCAUGCUUUUCCUAUUGCUAGCACAUGGAAAGAUAUUAAAGGGGACGUGGAAGCAGUUUUCUCAUAUCAUGGAAAACUAUACUUCAUCAAGGAUGAGCAGGUGUUUAUCUAUAAAUCCGGAGAUGAACAUACAUUGAUUGAGGGCUACCCCAAACCACUGAAAGAGGAGCUUGGCAUUGAUGGACCUGUAAAUGCAGCCUUUGUUUGUGGCGAGUAUGAGAUUGUCCAUGUAAUCAAAGAUCACAAAAUGUAUGAUAUCGACCUGAGUGCCACACCGCGCAAAGUGCUGAGAGCACUAUCAGUGCCUUUCCCCAAGAUCGAUGCUGCUACAUGUGGUCCAGAUGGCAUAAAGGUGUUUGUAGGCCCUCGGUUCUUCCACUAUGAGACACCCAGGCUUUUUGCACUCAGCCGUAUCAACCCAAUUCCACACAAAAUUUCUACUGAGCUACUGGGAUGUGACCAAUAGGGAGAAAUAAAAAGAGUGAAAAAAGAGUGCUACACAAAAUAAAUGGAAAAGGAAGACCUAAAUUAGCCAUUGCUCAAUGAAGGAUUGUGGCUUGUCUUAAAUAUUACUGUCAACUUGAAAUUAAUUUUUAUAUUUUUAACCAUCUUUUGGCAUUUUGAUUUUAUCAUACAGAUUCUCAUCAUUUUAUCAAACACUAUGAAAUGUUGUAUUGCUAAUACUUUAUAAUGUUUAAUAUUUUAAUCAAUAUAUUAAGCUGUAACUGAUUGGGACAGUGUACUGCAUAGAAGUGAUCACCCAGUUGUGUUGUUGAAUGGCACAUAUUAACAUUUAAAAACACUCUAGAUGAAGAUCUUUGACCCACUUCCAUGUUUUUAUUGCUCUUCCUUUAUCCUACAGCGUCACCAUCACUGUUACUGUCACCAGUGGCGUAGCUAAGUGUGGGCCCACCCAAAUUAGACCCAGGCCCACCCAGAAUAUUAGAGAUUAUUCUUUGACUUCAAAAAUAUAUUCCUUAAAUAGUUUUAAAAAUGCAUAAAUUCUGAUUUCUAAAAGUGUGAAAGAACUGUUAGGAAAUUUUGAGUUUGGAAAAUUGGGGCGAUAAAAUUUGGGAGAAAAUUUGACCCAUUCAUUUUUUAUUGAGGCCCACCCUAAAGUAAUCACCAGGCUAUGCCCUUGACUGUCACUGUAAUAAACAAUAUUAUACUUUGUCCAGAUUUUGCCCCCGCUUGGAAACUCUCCUAUUUAUCAAUUAUACCCCUUUAAACAACAUUUCUCUUUUAAACAAAAUAAAUAAAUAAAUAAAUAAUAAUAA